GGUAGACCGGUGUUAUUUUUAAUGAUUCUACUCAUGUACCCAAAACAUCUGUCAGAAGCAGUAGUCUGAGGGGUUUUUACACCCAUGUCAAGUCAGACCUAUAAACACAUUCAUAUUGUGUUGGGCCGUGAGAAAUAGCCAGUGAUAGAGUUGUGGUCACCAUUUUCCUCUGGUUGUUUAUAAUACUGGUUUUAUAUCUGUAUAGUCUUGUUCUAGGUUCUCUAUAAAUUGACAUGGAUUCAGUGGUGGAGGGAAAUAUCCUGCUUGUGGGAGAUGGGGACUUCUCCUUAACAACGUCGUUACUAAGAUACCACUCUCCUCAACAUAUUACAACCACAAGCUUGGAGACUGAAUCGUCAAUCCUCAAACACAAGGAUGCCUUACUGAACAGGGAGAGAUUAGCCAAGCAAGGAGUUCAAGUAUUGUUAGAUGUAGAUGGGUGCCGCCUCAACUCUUACCCUGCAAUCAGGAAACAAAGCUUUCAGAGGAUCAUCUUUAACUUCCCGCACGCAGGUGGCAAGUCCAACCACAAGAAAAACAGAAAACUGCUGGAUGACUUCUUCCGCAGUGCAGUCAAUAUUCUCGCUCCUCAAGGUCAUGUUAUGGUGACCUUGUGCAAAGGUCAAGGUGGAACACCAGCAGACAGGCCUCAGCGUGCAUGGCCGGACAGCUGGCAGGUGGUUUCAAUGGCAGCCAAUGCUGGCCUCAUUCUCUCAGAGAUCCAUCCAUUUCAUCCAGGAGAUUUCCCAGGCUACUUGUGCACAGGUUUCAGGAGUCAAGACAAAUGGUUUCACAUAGACGGAGCUCUCACUCACAUGUUCACUCGGGCUGCUCCUAUAUCUGUGCCAAAGAUCUCGGAUGUGCCUGCCAUUUCUAGAGCACACGACUGUCAGGACAAGAUAAACAGAAAUCUACUGGCAGAACCUGACCAUCCAUUAUAUACACUUACAGAAGAGCUGACUGAUAAGCUCACUAAAUAUUGGUCAACCAGAGUUAUCGCCCAUGGAGAUACUGUCGGUGAAGUUACAACAGUAAACCAUACUCUGGACGUUUUGAAGUUUAUGCUGAGGGACAGUGUUAACUCUUCAGCAGAACUAUUUGUAACUCGUGGGCCUGUGUGGAAAGAUAGCCCAGGUGUGUUCCAAGCUGUGCCAGUUUAUCUGGAGAUGAGUGGUGUGUUUAGAGUGAGGAGGACACCGGUUGGUUGUAAUCAGACUGAGGAAUGGACAAGCAAGUUGCGGGCGGUGCUCCAAGAAAUUUGCAUCAACGGUCAGCCAGUUGACACCAAUCAGACUGUUGUGCGGAUUUGCGAUGAAAAAGAGAAAAGCAAUGCCAGUGUUUUGGGAUUGACUUUGGCGCACAGGAUAUUUAUCGAGAAGGGUAACUGCACUACAGAGUUCGGCAAAGUGUACUUCCCUUCUGCAGAUGAUAACGCUCAAGAUGUUGACAGUGAAUUAGGCAUGGCAUUUAGACUUUCUCUGGACAAACUUCUAUGCUGUGUGUGUGGAAUUGUGGAUCGGAGGAUGCUCUGGUCCUCCGAUAGUCGCUUUUCGUCUCAGUUCCCCAAAACAGCAGUGUGCUCACACCCGUUCAAACCCUUCAGUCUGUACCCCAUGACUUACAGUCAUGACAUGAGUUUCUGGGAAUGUCCAGGAGUGGAGUUUGACGAGAUGCUGUAUUUCUGUGUGAUCCGUGUUUUGUCAGGGGAGACAAUCUGGGAUGUCACUCUUAUUGACAGGUACAAGGAUGAAGAUACUGGACGUGUCAGCCGAUGUUACAGAUUGACGUUCCAGUCAUGUGAUCGAGCAUUGUCUUAUUCAACUUCCUGGCAGAUACAAAGUAUAAUACGUUUGGCUGUAGCAGAGCAGAUGGCAGUGACGCUAAGGUGACAGUACACAGCUGGGCAAGUCUUGUGGAAGCUGCAUUGAUACAGUGCAAUUUGUUGUAUUAACUCAUCAAAUGAAAAUUAGUAGAACAACUCUAUUUCAUAGCAUGCAUAUAUAUAUACAUUUAGAUCUGAAUUAAAUGAUUUUCAUAUA